GCGCCUCCUCCAGGAGGUGUGGCAGGGUCAGGGGGGUACCAGCUUCACCUCCCCAGGGGAGAUGAGGGCCUUGGUCUCCUCCCUGCACCCCCAGUUCAACAACCAAUCACAGCAGGACGCCCAGGAGCUGCUCCUCCUCCUGCUCAACGCCCUGCAUGACGACCUCAAGGAAAAGGGGGAGAGGCGUCAGACACGUUCUUCCCAGCGGUUGUGUCUGGGCAGGAAGUCCCUCAGCUCGGCGCCAGCGGCGGGGGAUUCUACGGUGGUGACACGUCUCUUCGAGGGACAGCUCAGCUACCAGAUGAUGUGUCUGCGCUGCGACAGACACUCUCACAGCAACCAGGUCUUCACCAUCCUGUCUCUGCCUAUACCAGCUGACUCAUUCAAGUGCUCCCUACAGGACUGCCUGUCGCUGUUCUUCCAGCAGAGUACAUUGACGUGUGGAGACCAGAAGUUGUGUCCAGAGUGUGGAGUGAAGAGAGACACAGCUGUCCUCACCAGCAUGGCCAAACCACCUGAGAUACUGGUGCUGCACCUCAAACGUUUUGGUUGCCAUGGGAGCGAGAAGAGGAAGUUGAGGACCAAUGUGUUGUUCUCAUUGGACAGUUUGGACCUAACCCCCUUCCUGUCAAGCCCCUCAGCCAAUCACACCAGCUACUCUCUCUACGCGGUGGUGAACCACACAGGAGACCUAGACAUGGGUCACUACACAGCCCUGUGCCACAGUACCCUGUCCAGCAGCUGGCACCACUUUGACGACACGGCCGUGAGCGAGGUAGUGGACUUCUUGGUGCAGUCUCCUAACGCCUACAUUCUGCUGUACAGCCGUCAGCCCUUCCACAGAGCCACCAUACCCCGGACCUGACCCACCACAGACUCACCAUACCCCGGAUCUGACCCACCACAGACCCACCAUACCCCAGGCCUGACCAACCACAGACCCAACAUACCCCGGAUCUGACCCACCACAGACCAAAACAUACCCAGUCCCAGGAUCUAACUAGGACCCAUGCUCUCCUAGCCACCAUGGCUCUAGGCCCAGCAUACCUUCUGAGACCCACCACAGACCCAACUUACCCAACAUUUCCCAGAUCUGACCCACCACAGACCCAACUUACCCAAAUCUGACCACCACAGACCCAACUUACCCAACAUUUCCCAGAUCUGACCCACCACAGACCCAACUUACCCAACAUUUCCCAGAUCUGACCCACCACAGACCCAACUUACCCAAAUCUGACCCACCACAGACCCAACUUACCCAACAUUUCCCAGAUCUGACCCACCACAGACCCAACUUACCCAACAUUUCCCAGAUCUGACCCACCACCGGCCCAACUUACCCAUCAUCCCCCCAUAUCUGACACACCACAGGUCAAAAACAUACCGUGGCUCUUAGACUCACGCUGGUUGAGCCCACAGAGCUAGCCCACAAAGUGCCAAGCCAACCCCUAGUCUAGCCCAUAGCCCGUUCAUGUUUGCAGAUCAGAGGGAAAUGGAUAGAUGACGGCUCCAUUUCGCUGUCCAAUGGGCUUAGUGAAGCUUCCUCCGACCCAGUUAGGUGGGCUUGGGGCUGGUCCAGGACAUGGCUACAGACCAACCUACAGAAGGUGCUGGGUGAACUAUCAGAACCCCUCUGGAGUGUGCGGGCCACCCAGAGAAAACGGAUUCUGGUGUUUCUGCAAUUCUUCAAUAAACGUGAAUGAA